CUCCCCCUGCUCCCACCCCCCGUGCACCCGCGGUCUCCGCCUCCCACAGUCCCACCCCGCCGCUUUUCCAAACUGAAACGGCUCCAUCCAAAGUCCAAAUCCGAAAACGAAGGGCUUGUAGAUUUCAUCCGGCGCGGCCGGUGCCCGAUCGAUCGAUCCCCUUCCUCCCCGCCGCCGCCCCCCUGCCUCGCGUCCGCGCCCACAGGGCCACACCAACCGACUCCGUCUCCGAGCCCAAUCCCCUCCUCCCUCUUUCCCAAAUCGAGCAGGCGGCGGGGAGGUUCGGCUCGGGGUCGACGGUCCCAGAUUCAAUUCCCCCCGAAGUCUCGCCGGCGGCGCAGCUACCACGGAUCGACGCGGAACCCGGGGUUUGUCGCGGGUCUCGGGAUGCGCUAGCCCCCGGCCUGCCGCGGCGAUCGUCUCGUGGGCGGGCGAGCCAUGUCGUGGGGGCGGUCCAGCAGCUUCAGCCCCUACCAGGGGCCCACCCGGUCGUCGGCGCGGAGGUGCCCCGCGCCGAAGCCCGCGCCUUGCACCGUGGUGGUCAUCGAUGAGGAGGACGACGGCGACGACUCCUCAGACGGGGAGGUUUUCAUAAUUGAUGGUGCAGCGGCAGCGGCGCCUAGGUGUCGGGCCAGGAAAGGGAUCGGCGUGUCUGGUAAUGUGAUCAACAUAGAUGACGAUGAAGACGUGGAUGGGGGCACUGGAUGGGAGAAAGCAGGCGCCAGCACAUCCCGUGCGCAGUCUGGGUCGCCAGCAUCGAUGACACCAGGGCGAGGUUCUCCGGGGAACAGAUACGGGUUGGACAGCACAUCAGACAGCUCCGAGAGCGAUUUGUCUGAUGGGUGGGACUCUGCAACCGAUCAUGGCGGCAGCUCGGAUUGCGAGAUUCUGGACGACACGGCUGGGACUGCCCGUGAGAUGUGGGAGACGGCUGCUUCAAGGAAGAAGAUGCCUCAUGGUGUCCAUGAGCGUGAGGAUGGUAGGACUACUGCAUUCGCAUCAUUUGCGUGGUCGGAGGGUCUCUUUGGUGUGGGAUGCAAUCUAGAUGAGACUAUUUUUAGUGCUGCAUGGAAGGAUGACUCACAAAGUAAUACUAGUGGUACAAAGGAAGGCCUUAAACAUCCUCAAAGUAGUACCAGAGGAGCGAAUGAUGGCCGUGGCUCUUAUAGAAAUAGCGGUGCCAAGGAUGUCCCUUCAGAAUAUGCUUGUAAGGGAGGUGUGCAAAAUAAUAAUGGGGGCACAAAGGAUGACCGUGGCCCUGCUUCACCGCCAAAUGUCAAGGAAUGUUCGAAUGGAGAAGAAGGGGUUGUUCCUGAAAAAACUUCAGAAGGGUUUGAAUCCCCUUGCCCGGAUGAAACUUUCGUCCAAAAUUUUGUCUCUGCAAAUAGGGUGUGUCGGGGAAGCUGCUCAGCAGAUUCGAAAGAUGGAAGUCCUCCAAUGUCUGUCAGUACUCCUGAAAAGAUUGAUGAGAAAAUACCUGGAGGUGCAUAUUCACAAAAGGACCAGUCACCACUGGAAGCUUACAAUAACACAGAUACGUAUUCUGCACAAUUUGCUUCGGUUCAAGAUGCUUCCUUGAUUGGUGAUCGUGAAAAACACAAAGAAUCUAUUGAGUUCAAACGGGCAGCAGAGGAGGAGUGGGCAUCCAGACAGCGGCAAUUACAAAUACAGGCUGAGGAAGCAAAGAAAUUGCGAAAGAGAAAGAAAGCUGAAGCUCAACGGUUGCUUGACAUGGAGAAGAGACAAAAGCAAAGAUUGCAAGAAGUCCGUGAAUCACAGAGAAAGAAUGAAGAAGCGAUACAGCUAAAGGAGCAGUAUCGGGGUGUAGUGAGAAAGGAACUUGAAGAUAUGGAAAGGAGACAUUGGGAUAUGACUUCAAUAUUGCGUGCUCUAGGCAUCCCUGUUGAAGGUGGUGAGGUUAAAGCCUAUAAGCAAGCACUUCUGAAAUUCCAUCCAGAUAGGGUAUCAAGAAAUGAUAUUUAUCAACAGGUCAAAGCAGAGGAGACAUUCAAGUUCAUUUCACGCCUUAAGGAGAAGCUGCCGCGGUUCUCCUAAUAGCAUAUUCCAAUACCCAAAUCGCACAAAACAUCUCAUUUUUGUGCGCGUGUUAGUCACCACAUCCUCCUUUCGGAAGCAGAAAUCUCACAUGCAGGUCAAAGACCCAGAGUUCAGAAGAUAUUUAUCGUCGUCCUUAGAAGCAACUAGGGCUUUAGAAUUCGUUAAAUGUGACCUUUUUCUUUCCUUGAAGUGGUAGGGAUUCUUGUUAGCCGUGACCUGGGAUGGUAAACUCUUUUCUUUUGUUGGGAUCGGGAAUUGGUUGUACAGGAGCGAUAGCAGAAAGAUCAUUCUCUUGCAGACCAUCUUUCAUAAUUUAUCUGACAAAACCGUGGCGUUGUGCUUUGGUUGUUCA